AUGAGGACAGAAGUGGACUCGCUCCAAACAGAAGUGGACUCCCUCCAAACAGAAGUGGACUCCCUCCAAAACAACGACAAAGCUCAAGAGGCUGCACUGGAGCGUCUGCAGACCAGCUCCUCUGUCACUGAACACAAAGUGGAAGCUCUGACUCACGACAAAACAGGCCAGAGAGAGUCCUGGUUGGGGACUACCAGGCCAGAGAGAGUCCGGGUUGGGGACUACCAGGCCAGAGAGAGUCCAGGUUGGGGACUACCAGGCCAGAGAGAGUCCGGGUUGGGGACCACCGGGGGCCAGAGAGAGUCCUGGUUGGGGACUACCAGGCCAGAGAGAGUCCAGGUUGUGGACUACCAGGCCAGAGAGAGUCCUGGUUGGGGACCACCGGGGGCCAGAGAGAGUCCGGGUUGGGGACUACCAGGCCAGAAAGAGUCCAGGUUGGGGACUACCAGGCCAGAGAGAGUCCAGGUUGGGGACCACCAGGCCAGAGAGAGUCUGGGUUGGGGACCACCGGGGGCCAGAGAGAGUCCAGGUUGGGGACUACCAGGCCAGAGAGAGUCCAGGCUGGGGACUACCAGGCCAGAGAGAGUCCUGGUUGGGGACCACCGGGGGCCAGAGAGAGUCCUGGUUGGGGACUACCAGGCCAGAGAGAGUCCAGGUUGGGGACUACCAGGCCAGAGAGAGUCCAGGUUGGGGACUACCAGGCCAGAGAGAGUCCAGGUUGGGGACCACCAGGCCAGAGUGAGUCCGGGUUGGGGACCACCGGGGGCCAGAGAGAGUCCAGGUUGUGGACUACCAGGCCAGAGAGAGUCCUGGUUGGGGACCACCGGGGGCCAGAGAGAGUCUAGGUUGGGGACUACCAGGCCAGAGAGAGUCCGGGUUGGGGACUACCAGGCCAGAAAGAGUCCAGGUUGGGGACUACCAGGACAGAGAGAGUCCAGCAGUGACCUGAUUCUCCGUACAGCCUCCUCGCGUGAGCUCUCUCCUCCCCUCCCCUCCUCCCCUCUCCUCCCCACCUCUCCUCCUCCCUCCCCCCUCCUCCCCUCUCCUCCCCACCUCUCCUCCUCCCUCCCCCCUCCUCCCCUCUCCUCCUCCCUCCCCCCUCCUCCCCUCCCCUCCUCCCCUCUCCUCCUCCCCUCUCCUCCCCCCCCCUCUCCUCCUCCCCUCUCCUCCCCCUCUUCUCUCCCUCACGAAGCACACAUGACCGCGGCGGCUGGCUUUUCCGCCUGUAACCGGUCUGAACCAGCCAGGCUGUAA